GGCGCAAUUAAAUUAAUCAAGUCCUUUCUUAUGACCUUGUACUUAUUUUCUCCCGGCUGUGUGAACAUUGAUACUCUCUAUAAUGUCUAGCGAGUGAGCAUUUGCAUAUCGUCUUCCCUGUCAGCUGCAAAAAUCUUCUUCUCGGUGACGGUUCAGGGCAGCGAGCCACGAUCCGAGCAUUUCCUACCCUUUUCGGUCUCCAGCUUCAUCAUCCUGUCCUGAUACGUCUAGAUGCAGAAGAGCGUGUUAUACACCUUCAAGCCAGCUGCUGCUGCGCUCAGACCCUGUUCGCAAUGUUUCACAAUCAUCCGGUCGAGACAAUUGUUCAGACGCAGGCUGCAGCCCUUCUCGACCUCUCCUAACUGUACCCAAGAGCGACCUCCCCCUCCGAAUCACAAUGACAAGAAUCCUUCUCGAACCGAACCACCUCCCAAAUCUCCCUCAAUGGAGAUCAUUCUGGCCGAGACCAGUCCGGAAGAUAAUUCCCUUCUCGCUCCCGUCCACAUUCCCGAAGCACCGAACGCCAUCUUAAAGUCAGAUCACCCUGCCACAAAUAUUCUCGCCCAGUCAGGAAUCGUGGUACAGAGGCAAAUAGAGAUGAUGAACCUGUUCCUGGGCUUCGAACAAGCAAAUCGGUACGUCAUACUAGAUCCUCAUGGAAAUCAUAUUGGGUACAUGGCGGAACAUGAUGGAGGAUUUGGAAAAGUCAUGGCACGCCAAUGGCUGAAAACACACCGUGCAUUCACGACUCAUGUGUUUGACAAGCAUGCAAAAGAGGUUCUAAGAUUUCAUCGCCCAUUCUCUUGGUUUGUCACUCAUAUGCGGGUCUAUGAUCCUCUAGAGCCGAACAGCAAACCGUCAUCCUCCACGUCCGACGGUUUAGUGAGCUCUGACGGGUUGACUGGUAUGCAACAAAUCUCGCAUAUGCCUCUUGAUACCAUGCGCGUGGUUGGUGAAGCUGUUUCCGAAUGGGCUCCCAUGCGACGCAAGUACAACUUAUUUGUUCCUCAAGACGACGCCGUUAGUGAACCAGGCUCUGCGAGGACGAGCUCACUAUCGUUCCAUCAGUUCGCAGCGGUCGAUGAGCCCUUCUUAUCCUGGGAUUUCUCCCUCCGUGACCGAAAUUCUCGCUUGGUUGGCUCUGUCAAUCGAAGUUUUCGCGGAUUUGGUCGUGAACUAUUCACGGAUACAGGUAGUUACGCCCUUCGUCUGGAUGCGGCGGGAUUAGACAACGAACAGAAUCAGGAUCAAGCCGCAUCAGAACCAGGCUCGAAGCAGCAUGCCUAUGCCGAAGCCUUAGGAGGACAUGACGGCAACUCCAGUUUGACUCUCGAUCAAAGAGCAGUGAUGCUCGCCACGGCCGUCACGAUUGAUUAUGACUACUUCUCUCGCCAUAGUUCGCAUGGGAGUGGCGCCUUUCUACCAAUCUGGCUGGGUGGCGGAGGCGAGGCAGCAGGUGGUGCGGCUACAGGCGCAGCAGGAGCUGGUGAGGCUGCUGGUGGCGCUGUUGCAGGCGGAGCCGGCCGAGCUGUAGGCUCAGCCGCAGGUGGAGUUGGUGCUGGUGAAGGCGCCAUUGCCGGUGCCGGUACAAUGGCAGGCUAUGAAGCAAUGCAGAGAGGUAUGGGAAGAGAAUCUCGACCCAUGGGGGACGACGCCAGUCCUCAGGACCAACCAUAUGGCCAGCCCAAUGACUCUCAACCUCCACAAAACACACCCAGCUCUGAACAACAACCAUUCGACCGGCCGUUUGAUUCUCAAUCGCCGCAACAGGGCUUUGGUGACCAAAAUCAAGGCCAGGACGUCUGGGGCCAGGGCUCAGAUCCAUGGAGUGAAGGACCCGCGCAGGGUCAAUCAGGGGGUGGUGAAGGUGGAGGAUUUUUCUCGUCUCUUUGGGAUAAUUUCUUUGGAGAUUAAAUGAGUGGACAUGAUCGGAUACAAAAGUCUCAUCGGCUUCACCCCGCAAGUACGGAGCUACACUGUCGCACUAUUCGUUUUCAUGUCGAGACAAAUGCAUCUGCUGUCUAGAUGAGGAGUCCUGACGGACACUGGCGGCUAUUCUCGGUUCGACUUUGAGAGGGUCCAGAUGCUGGCGAAAGCCUCGUCGAAAUAUGCGUGGUAGUCUCUGAUCUGGGUCGAUCUCGGUACGAUGCAUAUACUGAAAUGGACGGCCAGCGCUAUAAGAGCUCCAUUGGCAGGUAUCCGUCGCACCUGUGCACCUUGCGCAGUGAACACUACGAUCUUCGUGAUCUUCUUAUCUGUCAGCAGCUCUUCGGCUGUUGAUCCUACUUGGCAUUACGACUUCGCUUGCUGGGGCUUUGGGUACGGCAACUUGUCCAAAAGGACGUGGUGGGCUUUGAAUAGUACCCGCACAUGGGAUAGCGAUCAACUCCCACCAGUCAGCAACACGAAAAUCUAUCUAC